AUGGAAAGUUUCUUUUCACAACCAACAACUAUAGUACUAGCUAUAGCAUUAGUGCUUCUAUACAACAUAUGGAGGAUCAAAAAACCUAGUAACAAAUCAAAGGGUAAGAAACCACCACAACCAUCCUAUGCCUUACCUUUGAUUGGUCAUCUCCAUUUACUAGGUAACCAAAUUCCACUUGCAAGAAUCUUUGCUUCUUUUUCCGAUAAAUAUGGUCCAAUCUUCGAAAUCCGUUUAGGAGCAUACCCUGCACUUGUUAUUUCCGACCAAGAAGCAAUCAAAGAAUGUUUCACCACAAAUGACAAAAUCUUAGCUUCAAGACCAAAGUCAAGUCAUGGAAUCUACCUUGGUUAUAACUUUGCUGGCUUUGGAUUUGCACCUUAUGGCGCAUAUUGGACUAAGCUAAGAAAAUUAGCCAUGCUUGAGUUACUGUCAUCUCGUCGCAUCGAAUCGUUGAGACAUGUUUACGAAUCGGAAAUUGAUACUUUGAUUAAGGAUCUUUCUUUGUAUGUUAAAGAUGGAAAGGUUAAGGUUGUGAUUAGUGAAUGGUUGGAAAGGUUAACAUUUAAUAUAAUGACAAAGAUGAUUUGUGGGAAAAGGUAUUUAGAGUAUUUACAAGAUGUUGAUGAUGUUGAAGCACAUGGUAAUAUUGUGAAACUUAUAAAAGAAUUUAUGCAUAUUUCUGGUGAGUUUGUUCCUAAGGAUUUGAUUCCAAUUCUGGGUUGGUUUGGCUUUGAAGGAAAAGUGCUUAAGUCUAUGAAAAGAGUUGCUAGAGAUUUGGAUAUAGUUGUUGGAAGAUGGGUUGAAGAACAUGUUGAGAAGAGUAAUGAUAUUAAUUCAGAUGAAAAACAUGAUUUUAUGGAUGUGAUGCUUUCUGUGAUUGAAGAUGAUCCUGUUUCUGGUCAUAACAGUGAUACCAUCAUCAAGGCAAAUGUGAUGAAUCUUAUGUUAGCUGGAUCAGACACAACAUCAAUAACAAUGAUAUGGGCCAUAGCAAUAUUGUUGAAUAAUAUGAAUGCUUUAAAGCUUGCACAAGAGGAGAUUGAUCAUCACAUAGGUAAGAACAGAAGGGUAGAAUCGUCCGACAUAAAAAACCUUGUUUAUUUGCAAGCAAUUUUCAAAGAAACAUUAAGGUUAUACCCCUCAGGUCCACUGUUAGUACCACAUGAAGCAACAGAAGAUUGUUACAUUCAAGAUUAUUAUGUACCAAAAGGGACACGUGUGUUUGCUAAUGUGUGGAAAUUACAUAGAGAUCCCAAUAUUUGGUUAGAGCCUGAAAAGUUUUCACCUGAGAGAUUUAUUAAUGAGAAGGGUGAAAUUGAUGAUGAUGGUCAUCAUUUUGAGUAUCUUCCAUUUGGAUUAGGGAGAAGAGCUUGUCCAGGAUAUAUGUUUGCUACACAGGUUAGUCUUAUUACACUUGCUCGUUUGAUUCAUGGCUUUGAUUUUGAAGUGCCAGGGGAUGAAGUUGUUGAUAUGAAAGAAGGGUUGGGUAUAACUUUGCCUAAGUUAACUCCAUUGCAAGUUCUGUUGACACCGCGUUUACCCUAUGAACUCUAUCAAUGA